GUGGAGUUUUCUCUCCGCCGACGUCUCAUUGUCUCCGUCACAGCCGCCGCCGCCUGAUGCUCGUGUUUCUUCAAUCUUCAACUUCUGCUCUGGUGCUGUGAGUCUGCGACGACGCCACUCUGCUUCGGCGUCAGCUCUCCUGCUUCCACUCUCGCCAGUCGCCACCGCUGCGUUCGCCGUUCUGCUUCUGCUGCUUUUUCGGUGCGAAUUUGCUACUAUUGUUGGACCUGAAAUGAACUGGGGAACCUGUGGAAGAUUAUUUUGAAGAAGAUUAUUCAAUGAUCCAUCACCGCAAAUUGCUCUCUUCCACUACAAAUCUUUGCAAACUCACCCACAAUCUCUUUGUCUCUCGCUCCUUCAUUUCCCCGGUACCUUUUGAGCAAAAGUUAAUAUCUUGUACCUCUAUAACCGCAUUCACUUCGGUUCGGAGAAUCGCAGGUUUCUGCAAAGAUUUGAACUUUGUUGAGCAGCUUAGUUCAAUCAGAUACUACUGCCAUAAUGCUGGUGGGCAUAAGGAAUGGACUGAGGAAAUUGAGUACUUGGAUGAAUCGGGUAGUAUUCUUUACAAGGGUAAGGGUAUAAGGUCCGUGGAGCCUGGGAUUGAUGAUCAUGUGGUGGUGGGUGAGGUCAAGAAGCCCUUUGUAAAUGCUGCAGCUGUGGCGAAAAUAGUUGAGGUUGUGAAGAGGUGGAAAUGGGGGCCAGAGUUGGAGACACAAUUGGACAAGCUCCCGUUUGUGCCUAACAUGACUCACAUUGUUCAAUCCUUGAAGAUCAUUAGUGAUAGUGAUGCAUGUUUGAGUUUGUUUAGGUGGGCGAAGCGGCAACCUUGGUAUUCAUCUAGUGAUGAGUGUUAUGUUAUCUUGUUUGAUUCUCUUAACCAGCGUAGGGACUUUGAUGGAAUACAAUCAUUGUUUGAUGAGAUGGUUGGUGAUUCUACCAGUACUGGAGCUUCCUUGUCUGUUUCAUGUAAUCGGGUGAUCCAAUAUUUGGCCAAUGCUGAAAAGUUGGAGGUCUCAUUUUGCUGCUUUAAGAAGAUACAGGAGGCCGGUGGUGAGAUUGACACCGAAACAUACAAUUCCCUUAUUACUUUGUUUUUGGGUAAAGGUUUGCCUUAUAAGGCAUUUGAGAUAUACGAGAGCAUGGAAAAGGCCAGCUGUUCAUUGAAUAGUUCAACUUAUGAAUUGAUGAUCCCAAACUUGGCAAAGUCAGGCCGUCUUGAUGCUGCUUUCAAACUCUUCCAAGAAAUGAAAGGAAGAGGUUUCCGGCCAGGCCUGAGCAUCUUUUUGUCACUUGUUGAUUCAAUGGGGAAGGCUGGGAGAUUAGACAGUGCAAUGAAGGCUUACACAGAGAUGCGAGGUUAUGGGUACAAGCCACCACCUACUAUAUUUGUUUCUCUAAUUGAAUCUUAUGUGAAGUCUGGAAAGUUAGAAACUGCUCUUAAGCUUUGGGAUGAGAUGAAGAAGACAGGGUACAGGCCUAACUUUGGGUUAUACACUUUGAUCAUUGAAUCCCAUGCGAAAUCAGGGAAGCUUGACAUUGCUCUGUCUUCAUUUUCAGACAUGGAGAAAGCGGGCUUUCUGCCGACCCCAUCUACUUAUACUUGUCUAUUAGAAAUGCAUGCUGCAUCUGGACAAAUAGAUCAUGCCAUGAGGCUGUACAAUUCAAUGACAAAUGCUGGUUUGAGGCCUCCUCUGAGCACUUACACUGUUCUUUUGACUCUACUUGCUAAUAAGAAGCUGGUGGAUGUGGCUGCCAAAAUCCUACUUGAAAUGAAGGCCAUGGGAUAUUCAGUGGAUGUCACAGCUAGUGACGUUUUGAUGGUUUAUAUCAGGGAAGGUUCAGUUGAUCUUGCUUUGAGGUGGCUGCGUUUCAUGGGCUCAUCCGGGAUUAGAACCAAUAAUUUUAUAAUCAGGCAGUUGUUCGAGUCGUGCAUGAAGAAUGGAUUAUAUGAAUCAGCCAAGCCUCUUCUUGAAACGUAUGUAAACUCGGCUGCAAAAGUUGACUUGAUACUUUACACUUCCAUUCUAGCUUAUCUAGUUAGGUGUCAGGAAGAGCAGAAUGAGAGACGCUUGAUGUCUAUCCUUAGUGCUACGAAGCAUAAGGCGCACGUUUUUAUGUGCGGACUUUUCUGUGGCCCAGACCAGAGGGGACAACCGGUGUUAUCUUUCGUCAGGGAAUUCUUUCAAAAUAUUGAUUAUGAAUUGGAGGAAGGUGCAGCAAGGUACUUUGUGAAUGUUCUUCUCAAUUACCUAGUUCUAAUGGGGCAGAUAAACCGAGCUCGAUGUGUUUGGAAGGUUGCAUAUGAGAACAAGCUUUUCCCAAAGGCUAUAGUUUUUGAUCAGCACAUCGCCUGGUCCCUUGAUGUUAGAAACUUGUCUGUUGGAGCAGCUCUUAUAGCAGUAGUGCACACUCUUCAUAGGUUUAGGAAGCGCAUGCUCUAUUACGGUAUUGUACCAAGACGGAUUAAGUUGGUAACAGGGCCCACUUUAAAGAUCGUGAUUGCGCAGAUGUUGAGCUCUGUAGAGUCUCCAUUUGAGGUCAGUAAGGUGGUUCUUAGGGCCACAGGAGAUUCAGUCAUGGAGUGGUUCAAGAAACCGAUAGUUCAGCAGUUUCUUCUGAAUGAAAUUCCAUCUAGGGCUGAUAUCCUGAUGCACAGGCUCAACAUACUUUUUCCCAGUUCAGCACCUGAAAUUAGGUCUUUAUCCCCACCUAAACCUCUCAUUUCUGGCAGGGAGUAUAAGCAAUCUUCUUAGCCAUUGGAUAGGAACAGGUACUUCAUUUUUAAUUGUAAGUCAAAGGGUUACUGAGUUGUGCAAAUGCUUCGUGUGUUUACAUGAACAGAUAGGUAGGUAAUAUUAAAGAAUUUGGAAUAAAAUUUUUCCCAUGACAUGCAUAUUAGAUUAUUUCGUUUCAAAUUUUCAAUUAGUUCCAUUGUGAUGAGUGGUGCUUGAAGUUAAAUGGACAAAAGAGAAUGAUGACUGCAUAGGAC